AUGGUCACUGUGACUCGGAUUCUGGUAUCUUUGCUAUCCCUUCUAUCGGGUUGCCUUACAUUUGACAUGCCAAACCUCCGCAUGCUCCAAGGCAAAGAGAGAGAAAUAUUAGGCCGUACGCUGCUCACGUUCCAGCGUCCACGCCUUGAUCUCAUCUACAGGGACUACCAGUACCCACCAGAUCGCUCUGCAUCUCGACCAAUGGUAGUCUUUGAUGGACGAGUUUACCCGUUGAGCCGCUAA